AUGGAUAUACUGAUAGAGAAGGUAAGGGAGGGCGCUCCGUCUUUGCGAAUGAUGUCGGUUAGUGAAGGAGAGCAAAAAUAUAUUGAUGGAGAAGUUGAAGGAUUGGAGAAGGUUAAGAUCUCGGAGGAUAAGAGGGUCGGCAGCGAUAUAGAGAUAUUCGCUGACAUCCGCAGGUUUCACGCUUACACGACGCUUAACGCCAAAAACCAAUUCCGUGCUCCUACCGAGUGGGGCAUCGUACUGAGACCUGCUUCUAUAUCUACCGGCAAAACGGCGGACAACAACGACGAGGACGUCGCAGCCGCCAUCGCCUCGACGCCAUCCUCAUCCUCUUUUACUUCUUCCUCUGACCAAUUGCGCUGUCUCGCCUGCGAUUCUGAGCGAGUCCGCUCCUGUUGGGUCAUAGCCAUGCGCCUGGCCAAGGGCACAAGAAGUAGCGGACUAAGGGUGAGAAGAUGGAGGGAAGUUGCUAGGACUGGCGUGGCAACUUCUUGA